CGGUAACGCACAGAACAAUACGGCGAAGGGCAGCUGAAGAAGCAGUACCGUUAGCACAAAUAGCUAAUGUAAUAGCUGUUGAUGUUACGAGCUCUUUGGUCGUUGGUGAUAUUGACAACUCAUCCGGACAAAUUCAUCAGAGGAAUAUUUGCCUCUGUGAACACAACGCUCUUCGGUUUAGCUAUUCCACUCUGAAGACCCAAUUUACUCCCGUACGAGAACAGUAAAUCACCACUGGCUGCCCUGUGAAUCAGGGAAAAUAAUGUGCUGCAGCUGAAGAUGGGGGGUAGUGGCUCCAAAUCCAAAGGAUUUUGGCCUUUCUCUGGCUCAGGCAACGGGGAUGAUGCAGCCAAAGAUGGAAACGAGCAGUCACUGGCUAGAGUACGAAGUUUCCCUGGAGCGACUCCCUUCGUAUUUACCAGACGGAGCUCUAUGUACUUUGAUGAGGACGGUGACUUGGCUCACGAGUUCUACGAGGAGACAAUUGUGACAAAAAAUGGACGUAAAAGAGCCAAACUGAAAAGGGUUCAGAAAAACUUAACACCUCAGGGAAUUGUAAAGCUGGACUUCCCGUGCAUCCAUGUAGAUUUCCCCGUUAUCCUCUGUGAAGCCUGACGGUCCUUGAGGGACUCGAAUGAGCCGCUGAGUCAGCUCCGUCCCGGCUUUCUUGUCUUUCUUUCCCCCUGCAGAUGGAAGCCGGAAACAUCUCUCAAUAACGUGAUCUCCUAAAUUAUCUGAAGCCCCUGUGUGGAGCGGCUGAUGCAUUGUGUGCCGAGCCUCUGCAUGUGACCUGUUUGUGGCUUGUGUGCAGUUAGACACGGGAUGGACCGCCAACUGGGAUGGAGAGGAAAAGCUGAAUCCUCUCAUUUCAUGGAGUUCUUGGCUUGUGUGCAUGUCAGUGUGAAUGCGUGCAGACAAAGGAUGAAACCUUUUAAGAGUUCUAAAUAUUUUUUUGCUGCAGGUUGUUUUCUUGUAUGAUUCAUUGAACUCAAUGAGUUUAGAAUAAAAGCAGUACUCGUUAUGGUCUUA